CGUGAAAUGAUGGUUCGAGUUCCGCCUCGCUAUCGUUUUUUGUAUAAAGCAUUUGAAUGCCAUUAAGCCAAAAAUAUCAAAUUCAAAAAUUAUGUUACUAAUGUAUUUAACUACUUAUACUUAACUAUUACGUUUCAGUAAAAAAUGCCAAAAAUCGUGUUACGUUACUUCAAUGUGAAAGGGCUUGGGGAAGCAAUUCGCACUCUACUCGCGUACGGAGGGGAAGAUUUUGAAGACGUCCGCUAUACUGAAGAGGAUUGGCCAAAUAUAAUGUCUUCAACACCGUUCAACCAAUUACCCACACUGGAAAUCGAUGGUAAAGUUUACGCUGAGAGCAACGCGAUAUCCCGAUAUCUCGGCCACAAGUACGGCCUAGCUGGCGACAGCUUGGAAGAGUCUCUUGAGAUCGAUCAAAACGUCGAUUACUUCACCGAUUUACGAUACUCUGCUGCACAAGUACACUACGAAGAGGAUCCCGAAGUUAAAAAGAAACUACAAAAAGUAUUUUUCGAAGAGACAGCUCCGGCAAAGCUUAAGAAAUUGAAUGAUAUUAUAAGUCGUAAUAACGGCCAUAUUGCAUUGGGAAGGCUUACAUGGGCUGACUUCGUGUUCGCAGGAGUAUUCAAUUAUUUAAAAAUGAUGUUAGAGUUGCCAGAACUCGAAAAACAAUAUCCCAGUUUCCUGCAAGUCAUAGAUGCAGUUUAUUCUGUGCCUAAAGUAAAAGCGUUUAGUGAUCUUGCUCCUAAAACUGAUGUUUAAAAAUAUAUUAAAUUUCUUAUUUUGAAUAUAUAAUAUUAUGUAGGUAAUACAAAUCAAACAUCGAAAUUUUUUUUAUAGAAUGUAGUUUAAAUAUGUUUUCAAAUAUUAUAAACUUCUUUACAUAAGUAUGUACCAUAUUCAAUUAGUUUUAAAUUAAACACAACAAUAAAAAUUUUAUAAAAAUUUAA